GCCCAAACAUCAGUAAAUUUGGGAAGGGGACACGCUUUUAGGGAAUAUGCUUCUUCUUUACCCAUGAAGAAUCUCUUGAGGGGAUUUCCGAUUCCACCAUUGAUGCUUCAUUUUUCGCAAUGAGUUUUGGAGCUCACGUUCACUGUAGAACCUCAAAACCCUAAAGCCUUAGUGAAGUGCCGAAACUACUUCUGCUGGAGCAUAUAAUCCUUUGUUUGCCUUGGUGAAGUGCCGAAACUAGUUUCUGCUGGAGUAUAUAAUCCUUUGUUUAUCACGCAUUGAUGCCUACCCGUGGUGUUCUCUCUGCUCUUCGCUGCUAUCGUCAUCGUUAUCAAGGAUCUUAUUCCCUCUCUGCAGCUCUCGAUAAAUUUGACUUUGGCGCUUUUCACACUUGCUCAUCCGAAAUCAAAGAAGAAACUAAACCUCAUUUCGAUGCUUAUAAUAGAUUUCAAUGCCAUCCGUAUUCAAAUUUCAGUGGAGGUCAGGGGCCUUCAUUCGCGUUGCGCAGUAUAUUCUCGGUUAAUUCUUCGCUAAAUGUGGUAUCGUCUUCAAUUUCCAGAAAUAGUAGUCACCUGUUCCUCAGCCGCGGGUUGAUUACCAGACCAAAGAAGUUAAAGACAAUAGAAGUGGUGGAUGAUCCUGGCCAGCGAGCAGUCACAACAGCUUUAUGGUGCAAUUUUCUUGUUUUUUCCCUGAAGUUUGGGGUCUGGUUUGUCAGUUCCAGCCAUGUCAUGCUGGCUGAAGUUGUGCAUUCAGUUGCGGAUUUCGCAAAUCAGGCGCUUCUUGCUUAUGGUUUAAGUAGCUCCAGACGUGCACCAGAUGCUAUCCACCCAUACGGCUACUCUAAGGAAAGAUUUGUCUGGUCUUUGAUAUCUGCUGUUGGUAUCUUUUGUCUUGGCUGUGGUGCUACUAUAGUUCAUGGAGUACAAAACUUGUGGACUACUGAGCAACCUACAAAUAUUGGAUAUGCAGCACUGGUGAUUGGUGGCUCAUUCAUUAUAGAGGGUAUUUCUCUCGUUGUGGCUAUUCAAUCUGUCAGAAAAGGAGCUGCUGCUGAAGGAAUGACAGUGAGAGAUUACAUUUGGCGUGGUCAUGAUCCUACAGCUGUAGCUGUCAUGACAGAGGAUGGUGCUGCUGUUACAGGUCUAGCCAUUGCUGCCGCAUCACUGGUUGCUGUAAAUGCCACUGGAAAUCCAAUUUAUGAUCCCAUUGGUUCCAUUAUAGUGGGCAAUCUUCUAGGAAUGGUUGCUAUAUUUCUGAUUCAGAGAAAUCGACAUGCUUUAAUCGGUAGAGCAAUUGAUGACAAUGACAUGGACAGGGUUCUUCAGUUCCUGAAAAAUGAUCCAGUUGUUGAUUCCAUUUAUGAUUGCAAAAGUGAGGUGAUUGGGCCUGGGUUCUUUAGGUUUAAGGCUGAGAUAGACUUCAAUGGCGUAGUGCUGGUUCAAAAUUAUCUAGAGAGAGCUGGACGUGAAGAGUGGGCUAGACAGUUGAUCAUCAUCUGCAAGGUUCUUUAAAGCCUAUUCUCCUAGAGAGCAAGUUGUAUCCUUUUGUGUAGUCAUGUCAUUACCAGAUAAAAGAGCUCAUUUUUUCUUAACUACAUGAUUUUGGCUCAACUAGCUACUUCAUUCUGGAUUUGUGGUAUCUGCUGCAACUCUGCUAACCUCUGACCCAGCAUGGCACUGAUAUUACAGAAGAAUUUUAUUCCACCCACAACAAACUUUUUGGUUUAAAUUGUUUGCUAUCCAAGAAAAUCUGAACUAUUUGAUUAUAUCGUGGAGCAUAGAGUUCCACCAAGAUAUUUAACACACACAUGUUUGACAAAUAGAGUUCCAAACAUAUGCUAACAACUAGAGGUUUAGCAAUUAACCUUGCCAGGGAUUUUACUUUAAGAUAGUAUCUGUCCUUGACGUGGAAACCUGGAUAGAACAAAGAUAUUAUGCUCCAUUGAUGUUGGACUUUCUGCAAGUUUCUUGACCCUACUUUUUUGCUUUUUUGUUGUUUUGAUGUAAUAUCUGCUUGGCACAUUGUUCAUUUCUUGCUUAUACAUUCUUUAAGUUCAGUUACUUCAUCUCUAUUUGAUUUUGCAUAACAUUGAUGACAUAUUUCUUGAAUUAUCAUAUCUUCACUCUUCAGCUUGAUAUAUGAAGACCAUAAAUAUUAUUUCACUUUCUUCUUCACCCUUGGCGAU